UCCAUAUCAAGUUUGCAGUCAGAGUUUCUUCGGCAGAUCGCUCCUCCACUCAAGAAUUUGCGUCUUAAAAUGUAAGAGCUAUAUUGAUAUAUACAGAAAUCAUGCACUGCUUUCAACAGGGCACUUCAGCUGCAAGCUUGAAAAGGAGCAGAGUAUAGUGCUUGUAACAACUUACUUUAUCAUACUCAACCUUAUGGUAACAGCCAACAGGAUUUUUUCUUUUGUCUGUAAGGCCUGUGGCCAUGGGAUGUACCCAAUAUAUCUGGGCAAUUUCCUGAAUCCUGAUACUAACUGCAUUGCUCAGUCUGUGUCAUGUCAAUAUAUCGUAUCAUUAUGGUAAACAUGAUUGACGACCAGUGUGCAUCAAAUCGCCAUGAAGACAUUCAGGGACAGUAAACAAGCAACCCAGACUGCAAAGCGUGGCAUAGGUGAUGUUCUGAGCUGCGUCCGUGCGAAUCGGAGCUGCCACCAUGUGGAUGCCAACGCACGUCCAGCUGACCGUGCAGCGCGCCAGGGGACUGCUGGUCAAAGGGAAAAACGGCACCAACGACUGCUUUGUGGUGAUCAGCCUGGGCAAGGAGAAGUACCAGACGUCCGUCAAGGAGAAGUCGCCUCCCAACGUCGAGUGGUGCGAGGAAUGCGAACUGACGAUCCCCAGCCAGGGCAACACGGCCGAGAUACGUCUGCAGGUGCUGCACCGCAACUUCCUGGGCGUGGACGAGUUCCUCGGACAGACCUCCAUCCCGCUGGCCGACUUUGAUGUCUACGAGCUACCGCGCAACAGAACGUACCAGCUACACAGCAAGCCGGAGAAGAAGGACAACAAGCCGCGCGGUGAGCUCGAGGUGCGCCUGGGCUUCACGGUGAAGGCCGCCUCGUCGAGCACGGCCGACCUGCGCGCGGGCGAGAAGCUGCGCUCGUCGCUGGUCAGCCUGCCCAAGGUGGCCGGCCACCUGGGCGGCAGCCUGGCCAGCCUCGGUCACAAGAAGAAGAGCAUCAAGAAGCUGGCCUCGUCGGUCGGUCACAAGGUGGCAAAGGCGGGCGGUCGUCGGCGCGGCUCUUCGCGCGCCGGCAGCGAGGCCGGCUCGGAUGUCGGCAGUGACCUCGGCUGGGACGACGCCGCCUCGAGCAACGCUGACCCGGGCGUCAUCUCUGAGGGCGAGGAGGAUGAGUUCGGGUUUGAUGACCACCACCACGGCCGUAAGCCGGCGACACCGGACCUGCACGGCUCCCUGGGACGUCAGCUACACAGAGGCACGCCGACGGUCGACGAGACGCCGCUCUCCAGUCUGUCGAGCUCGGUGCAGUCGGGUCUGAGCGAGGCGCCGCCGGCCGCGCCGCACCUGGCCGCCAUCUCUGAGCGGCCGGCCGAGACGGCCCAGGCGGCCGCGCGGGCCGACAGUCCCGAACCGUCAGCUCGGCGACUGGCAGUGUCGGCUCGCUCGUCGGGCCGUCUGGGACGCGACGAGCCUCGGGAGAGGGUCGCCGUCGCCGACGACACGCCCGACGAGCCGCCCGAGGGCGACGUCAAGGCGAAGAAGAAGCUGGAGAAGAUGAUGUCGCCGCUCAAGAAGACGCCGCAGAUCUUCCGCCAGCUGGCCGCCAAGAAGGAGAAAGAUCCGAUGGAUGUGUUCGAGAGAGAGCCGGCUUCGGAAGAGCAGUCACCGGGCGCCACCGUGUCGCUGCUGCCCCUCUCUGACGGCCGCGAGUCCCGCGUGGUGGAGGGCGGCAACGAGCGACGGCCGGCCGCCGCCGAGCCGUCGCGCCUCUCGCCAGAGACGCUGCGCGCCUUCGACGGCCGCUCGCGAGACAGUCUGAUCGAGCAGGUGCGCAGCCUGCAGGACGAACUGAAAAAGGUCAAGGACGAGCUGAAAAAGUCCAAGGCACAGGCGUCUGACCUGGAGGAGUACCUGGACACGCUGCUGCUGCGCGUCAUGGUGUCGCACCCGGACCUGCUGCAGAACCCGCUACGUAACGCCGCCGGAGUCAAGUACGCCGGCCGCGCCUGCUGAGAGCUCCCCGCGGCCAGGCACGGGUGCGGACCGGACGUUCGGAUGGCGGUGUCGGCGAGCAGAAGGCAGUGCGGACAGCGGGGACAUCGGCCGGCGCUACCGGUAGGAAGAAAACGUCCCAGGAAAAGGCAGCCGGGGAAUUAAUGUCAGUCUUUGGUGGGUGGCAUCCGUUUCGGCCCUCAUUCACCGUCAGCAUUUAUCAUCAGCCAAUAAUCGGUAGUAGUCACGCUAGCCGUCGCCCGUCCCCGCGGGCAGCCGCGCGGCAGGGCGUGGCGGCCCGCUCCUGAGCAAGUGUCGUCGGGCGGACCGCCGCCCGCCGCAGCGGCCACCGUUGUUUGAUCGGACUUUGAUCAGUUGAUUGGUGCAGUGGCCGAGUGUAGUGCAGGCCCGGCUGCUGCUCAGAAGCGCAGCCUGUUCGCUCGUCUGGCCAGCGGCAGCUGAAUGCGCUCCCGUCUUCCGCGUGCCGGCAGCGUGUCGGUCUGAUUACGACUUCCAGUGUGUGGUCGGCCGGUCGCGGGACCAAUCGCUGCGCUGCGGCUUCCCUCUCUCAGUGCUCUCGGCCACGCCGGGUCGCAGGAGCCGUCUGCUGUGAGUAAAGGCCCUGUAUGUAGAGCUCUGGCGGGUCUAUGUCUCGCUGCACUGCUGCUGCGCAGUAGGACAGCAAACAGACUGUCGGAUUACGGCGACGGAGCGAUGCGACGCCAAAUGGCCCGACUACUUAAAAUGUCAGGCUGAUGGUAAUGGACGAUUGUUCCAGUUGCCCCAGCUGCGUAGAUUUCAGAGCCAGCGCACCUCACUGUUCCCGGGCGCUGCUGCACAUUUGCGUGUAUUGGGCCCAACAUCACCUUGUAAUCGCCGCGCGAUCACGUUUCCCCAACACCACUUCACACCCCUCAGGCAGCGUAUUGCCCACUAGCCUAUACCACGAACUCUGCCCCGCGCGGCCCUCGGCUCGGAGUGUGCUUCGGAGUGUGAAUGGGCCGUGAACAAGGCUUCCUAUUGACUUAUCUUCCUGUUCCGUCUGUAUGUCUUCCGUCCAGCCUUCCCAGUCGGCAGCUGUCUUUCUGCCGUCCUUACCGAAGUACCCGCCGCCCCUCCCCUACCGGGGGCUCGUCGGAGGCGAUUACCCGCAUGCGAUAUGAGAGCGGGCCGGGUCGGAGGAGGCUUGAUAGUGGCCGAGACGGCCAGUACCGGCCGGCGGCGCGGCCAUCCGCCGGCGCGUAUGGCCGCUCUCCGCCGGCCGGCGAACACUUCUCGGAAAGUCGUGUGGACGCCGCGCGCGGCCCGCGUCGGCGGCGACGCAACGGUUCUCGGUACCGCCGACGGUGUUGUGUCGGUCGCGUCGCGGCCCAGCGAGCGGCCGAGUCUUCCGGGAGUCGUUUUCGACGAAUGAUGUGUGUUGAUGUGGCUGAAAUGCGGGCGGCUCCGUCUGCGAACGGCGAUCUGCGGCCGGUUAUGGUCGCCGGAUGGCUGGAGUGGCCGUCGGCUCGGCCCGGGUCGCGCUCUGUGGUCGGGGUGGGGACGGUAAUGGCGGUGUCCCGGCCGGCCCCGUCCGAGAUCGGGGGACGGGGCCGCUGGCGCCGGUCCGCCCGAUCCCGCACUGGCACCGGCCCUGGUCCACAGUGGCUCGGUUAUCGCGGCUCAUCUACUUAGGAUCGACUGUAGUGCCAAACGAGAGGCAGCAGAGUCUCUGACUGGCCGGCGCCGCCCACCGGCACAUCUCCGCGACUCCAGCUUUAACGUUCUUGUUACAACCCGCGUUAUAGAACGGAGUUUUAUCAGCACAAGCGUUUUGUUAUUUCUGAUUUAUGUUAUGAUACACUAUUUGGUGGUGGUAGCUAGUUAAUUGUUAGGUUCACUACAUUGUAAUGGCGAGUUACUUAGUUACCUUACUAGCACACCAUUUAGGCACUUGAUAUUGUGCGCGUUGAGCCCUGUGUAGCAGCAGCAACCGAUGUCUUCCAAGAUACAGAGUAUAUUUAUGCGUAUUGUUAUCACUAUUUAUUGCGUUGUAGUGCGUGAUUCGGUCACACACAAUUCAUUGUCGCUUGUUUCGUAACGUGUAUCCUAAACACUGGUUGUGUGCCGAAAACUGGCUGUAAAUUUUGACCGUUUACAUUAUAUGCAGUAAUGAUACGCUCAUGGAAUGUAUGAUCACACUGCACAAGCCCUGUAUUGCCGCGACACUUUAUAAUAAAGCACGUGCUCAAUGAA